AUAGAGAGGGGCAAAGCGGUGAGCCACCCGCUACAAACGUUUUUAUACAGUUCUUUUUCCAGCUUAUUUUUUCUGCGAGGUCGAUGUGAAGCAGAAGUUUGGGAAAGUGGACCAGCCUCGCGGUAACACCGUUUGCUAAAGUCGUGAGGCAGGACUUUUCGCAACUCUGUCAGGAUUGCGGAGGCAGCGACAAAAGGUUAGGCCUAUAAGUUCGCUGAGCAGAACUGUCAAUGCUCCCAAAAUGCCCGUACAUUGAGAAGACUUGGGGCAACGUCCUGGCUUUCAUUUGACAAGCCGUCAUAACGGAAAAUGAAGAAACCGCUAGAUUCACGUACAUCGUCGCGUCGUGUGCUAAACGACAUUGAGGCCCCAGAAGUAAACAGAGGCAGGUUAGCCUUGUCCUACGACGACGAGACUGACGAGUUCGACGAUGAGAAGUCUACACUGGAGACUUCAGACAGCGUCUCGUCGGACGACACCCGCCCUGGCCAACUGUACUUCAUCGUCGCUGCUACUGUCGUGGGAAGUGCUUUCUUGGGGGUCUUCAUGAAGUUCGCCUUUGGCCCUAGCCAUUCUGGCCAUGCACACGCCACGUCCAAGUACUCGCGACGCGUCGUCGUUGACGUCGACAAUAGGCCUGUCGGAGUCGCAACUCCUUUGAAGCCUCUCGUCGUUGCUGUCCCAGAGGUGAUCAGUAUCACCAACGCGACCUCAACGACCGAAAUAAUGCGGAAGACGACCUUCACGUACGAGUGCAGGACUGACGCGUGUCUGUGGCAAAGUCGUCUCGUCUACGACAAGUUCAAUCAGUCGGUUGGACCGUGUGAUGAUUUUUACGCUUACGUUUGUUCCAGCCGGUGGUACGGUGACAUCGAGGUGCAGAACAGACCGUACUCCGUUAGUGCACCUGGUCUUCUCAUCCUUGACAUCGCGAAAUACUUGCUGAAUUACAGAGACAAGGAAGACACACCUCAAAACUUUAUUACGCACUCGUCCAUGUUUCUGAAGACCUGUAUCCAGCCUAAGAACCUGACAACAAAACCGGCAGCCUGGACAAGCAUAAAACACUUGUUCUCCACGUUUUCGCUGUCACCUUGGCCCUUGCAGUCUGAUCCUGUGACAUACACUCUUCAAGACGUGCUCAGGGCAGUAGACAAGACAUUGGGCCUGUUUCCAAUCGUGGACGUUAGUUUACGGAAGCGGUUUGAGAAUGAAGGCUACUUGCUCCAUCUGGACGCCCCCAAGCUGAUCAUAGUACGGCAUCAGGUCACCUACUUGCAGGAUGGAUUUGAAGAGUAUAAGAACUACAUCAAGAGAGCGUUCACACUGUGGGAUAACAUAACAAGCGCCAGCCAUCUCGCGGAUGACAUGGUCGCCUUCGAAAGGAAGCUCGAGGAAGCGUCUGUGCCACAAAGAAAGUUUGUGUCUAUCCUGAACUCCACUGUGCCCAUAAUGAGCAUCAAGCGAGUCGGCAAGUUUGAAUGGGACGCUUAUUUGACGUACCUUCAUCCAGGAUCAGACAAAGUUGUCCUCGUGAACUCGGCCUAUAUUUCGCGGUUGUCCAGUAUCCUGACUUCAACUUCCCUGUCGACCUUGCUGAAUUACAUCGGGUUCAGAAUCAUUGUCCUUCUUGCUCCUCUGCUCCCGAAAGAAGCAGAGUUUCUGAUGCCGUUGAGUUACGACCGCCAUAUUAUGAAGUAUAACUCCCGUCUUCAAGCAUGCAUGCAUUUGGCAGAGCACAUGUUUCCCUAUGGUAUGCGUAGAAUAGCUAGGAAUUCUAUGGGGAAGACGUCGCUGGAGCAGGUCUUGUAUGACCACAACUUGAACGCGUUGAUUGUCAACGUGAAGGCUUCGAUGCAGCAGGCUGUGGCUCGUGCUCCAUGGUUAACACAAAGCGAGGCGGAUUUGGCAACUCAGAAGAUUGAGAACCUUGAGGUGGAAUUCAUGGGGGCGAAGGAACAUACCGACACUGUGGCCAGGUAUUACGACGGAGGUAUAACCGUAGCCUUAACAGUGGACACCAUACUCCGCGACUACGUAACGUUGGUCAACCAGAGCAUGUACCUGUACUGGGCGUCCAAGGACAAUGCUGAUUUCGACGCUCGACACCACAUUUCAAGUCUGAGACCAGGCUACGAAUACAACGCAGGAAGGAAUCAUUUGUAUCUGCCCUUCGGAGUCCUGGCGUCUCAGAACAGAAUAUCGCAGUCAACAAUUCCAGCCAUCAUAUUGCCCUACAUAGUGACGUACGUGCUGCAAGGCAUGUUUGAAGCUGUUGACAUUCGUGGCUCUACGAUAAACGUCAGGGGCAUGCCAGAAUCUUGGUGGAGUCAAGAAAGUGUGACGAGGUAUAGGAAGCUUCAGCGUUGCUUCGUAGAUACUCAUCUGGACCACCUUAAGCGUCUUGGAACACUGCAGGAGGCGCCUUUGAGCCCAUUUCUCCGCUCUCUCAUGUCCGAAAACGCAGCUCUAACACCCAUGUACGAAGCCUACGUUCGGGCGCUCGUAGCACCGCAUUCCAUGCAGCGAAACUUCAGGGUACCUGGCCUUCCGGACCUGACGCCGGACAUGCUCUUCUUCAUCAACUUGGCCGCUGCGCAGUGCGAAACCACCCUGGCAUCUGGGAUCCUGUCUCGCAGGCUUGUUCAAUAUGGCAUCGCCCUUCCGGCUUCGCUAAAAGUAAACCUUGCUUUGCGAAACUUCGACAAGUUUUCCGAAGUAUUUUUCUGCUCCAAGGGCUCGUACAUGAAUCCACCAGAGAGGUGUCCUCUCUGGUAAAGAUAGAUAUUUGAGUUCUGCUCCGGAUUCGCCUAGUCGUGUUGUAUCACCGUUGUAUUAAACAUGUGAAGGAAAUGUGA